AUGGCGGGUCCAUCGCUCUGUGCUGCUCACACAGCAGCCGCCCAGAAUCUUCGGAAAGGGUCUAGUUUUGUAGAGAAUAAAACCACACAGUGCUCGUUCUCCAUUGAAAGUAUUUUGGGACUGGAGCAGAAAAAAGAUGGCAUUCCAGUUGUGAAACCUCACAGACCAUGGAUGGAUGCAUGCACCAGCUUGGGUAAUAAUCCCCAUCUGCAAAUUCCUGUUGUUUGCUAUGAAAAUCCAUUAUUUCAUGCCAACAGUCAUCCAGUGCAAGAGGAAAAGCUUUUGAAAUGUGAGAAAUAUUUUUCAGUCACUGAAAGGCUAUCUUUCAAACGAGAAUUGAGCUGGUACAGGGGUAGAAGACCAAGAACUGCGUUCACUAGAAACCAGAUUGAAGUCUUGGAAAAUGUUUUUAAAAUUAACUCCUACCCUGGCAUUGACAUUAGAGAAGAGCUAGCUCACAAGUUAGAUUUAGAAGAAGACAGGAUUCAGAUCUGGUUCCAGAACCGUCGCGCAAAGCUGAAAAGAUCACACCGAGAAUCUCAGUUUCUAGUGGUGAAAAACACUUUCACCUCCAGCCUGCUAGAGUAG